CUGAUGAAUAAAACAAACGUCUUAACUAAAGCAAGCUAGAUGUAAGAAAAUUAUCUCACGAUUUUUGUAGUAGUCAUAAACAACUUUAUUCAUUAUUACCAUCAUUGAAAACCAUUCUAAAUUUUGCACGUAAAAAUGUGCGUGUAAUAUGUUUCAUAAAUUCUUAACGUUUUAUUUUGAUUCGAUUUAAGAUGGCAAAACCCAAAGGAAAAGACCAAAUUCAGUACCCCACAUUUGAGAAGGCAGAAGACGACAAGACAGCUAAAUUCAUUGUUGAAGUUGAGGGAAAGAAACUCAGAGUACACAGGGAGUACCUGGCCCAGUUCAGUCCCCAGUGGAAGAAACUGAUGCUGGUGGUGCACAAAGACGACAACAAGAUAGAGUUCCAGGGACACAAACUGGAGGACAUAAGGGAGCUAUUCCAGUGUCUAUAUCCUUGUUUCAAACCCAUAGAUGAUUCGAACGUAGACUCGUUGAUGACGAGUGCCAUUGCCUUUGAGAUUGAGACAAUCAAAACACGCGUGCGGUCAUUCAUCGAACUCAAACUAGACGAGCAACUCAAUGGAAGGAUGGGAGGCACAGUAAACCACAUGACACAGAUACUCGAGCGCGCCGACAAAUUCGACAUGCAGGAUAUAGUGGAGAAAUGUUCGCAGUGGUUCGCCAAACAGUCCACUAGCAAAGUGCAAGACGCCAUCCGGAGAGUGAGUGCAGAGACUGGACUCAUUCUUGCCAGAGACCGAAUGGUGUACGUGGACAAGAAACUGAGAGAGGCUGAUAAGAAGAACAAAGACUUGGAGCAGAAACUACAAGUUCUUCAAAUAACUGCAGAUAAAUAACUACGUAACAGUAUUGAAAACAAAUUCAGCAGAGA